AUGUCAAGUGACUAUUUGUUAAAACAAGAUCCAGAUAAUUUGGAUUUGACAAAACUGACACCUAUAACUCCUGAGGUAAUAUCAAGACAAGCAACAAUUAAUUUGGGUACAAUAGGUCAUGUUGCUCAUGGUAAAUCUACUGUUGUAAGAGCUAUUUCUGGUGUACAAACAGUUAGAUUUAAAGAUGAAAAAGAGAGGAAUAUUACUAUUAAAUUAGGUUAUGCCAAUGCAAAGAUCUAUAAAUGUAGUAAUCCUGAUUGUCCACCACCUCAAUGUUAUCGUAGUUAUGGAUCAAGUAAAGAGGAUGAACCUAUUUGUGAAGUAUCAGGAUGUAAUCAUAAAAUGAAGCUAAUGCGACAUGUAUCAUUUGUAGACUGUCCUGGCCAUGAUAUUCUUAUGUCUACAAUGCUUAAUGGAGCUGCAGUAAUGGAUGCAGCUCUAUUAUUAGUUGCUGGUAAUGAAUCAUGUCCACAGCCACAAACAUCUGAACAUCUAGCAGCAGUUGAAAUAAUGAAGUUAAGACAUAUAAUUAUAUUACAAAAUAAAGUUGAAUUAAUAAAGGAGGCUCAAGCAAUAGAACAGCAUAAACAAAUUAAAGAUUUUGUAGCUGGUACAUCCGCUCAAGAUGCUGCAAUUAUACCAAUAUCUGCUGUAUUAAAAUUUAAUAUUGAUGUAUUGUGUGAAUAUAUAUGUACUCAGAUACCAAUUCCAAUUCGUGAUUUUACAUCAUCACCAAGAAUGAUAGUAAUCAGAUCAUUUGAUGUAAAUAAACCAGGUGAAGAUGCAAAAAGUAUGCGUGGUGGUGUUGCUGGAGGAUCAAUUAUUAGAGGUGUCUUAAAGUUAGGAGAUGAAAUUGAGGUAAGGCCUGGUAUAUAUAAUAAAAAUUCAGAAGGAGCAUUUGUAUGUCGUCCAAUAAGAUCAAGAAUAGUAUCUCUAUUUGCCGAACAUAAUGAUUUACAAUAUGCUGUAUCUGGUGGUUUAAUUGGAGUUGGUACUAAAAUAGAUCCAACUCUAACUAGAGCAAAUAGAUUAUCUGGUCAAGUCCUUGGGCACCCAGGUCAUUUACCUGACAUAUUUGAUUCUAUAAAUAUUACAUUAUAUAGGAUGAGGAGAUUAUUAGGGGUUAGAUCUCAUGAUGGAUCAAAGGCACAAGCUAAAGUAUCUAAGUUAAGAGAGGGUGAAUUACUUAUGGUUAAUAUUGGUUCUACCACGACAGGUGGUAGAGUUGCCAAAAUUAGAGAUGAUAGUGCUACAUUUCAAUUAUCAUCACCUGUAUGUUGUAGUGUUGGUGAUAAAUUGGCUAUUUCAAGGAGAGUAGACAAACAUUGGAGAUUAAUUGGUUUUGGGGACAUAUUAUCAGGUACAACAGUACAAUGUAUUGAGGGUUGGUAA